AUGGUGGUCGAUUCUUGGGCGCAAAACGCCUCCAAUAACUCCUCUCAUCACGACCAUUCCGGCAAACCCGGCGAUAAAAUACAAGAGUGGUCUUCUCUUAUCGGUAUCGUCACAGCCAUUGUAGGCAACGUACUCAUCGCUCUCGCGCUGAAUGUUCAGAGAUACGCACAUAUUCGACUACACAAGCAACGGAGUAGGAAUCGGAAGAGGGCGAAAGAAGCUUUGAAGCACCCUCACCCUGGAGAUCAUGGCGGCUCAUACGGCACCAUUGGAGGGGGUAGCAAUGGGGCUGGGUAUCAAAAUGGUCACGGAACAAGUACAGAUGAUGGCAAUCGCAUGGACGAGAGCCGUGAAACUGAUCCGCUGACCGGGUCCUUUCACUCCGAGGCAUCGCAGAGCACCGAUAGCAAAGAGGAUGAUACGUCUUCAUCAUACCUCAAAUCUCCGUACUGGUGGUUGGGCCAAGUUCUUAUCACUCUUGGCGAGAUGGGCAACUUUCUCGCAUACGGUUUCGCCCCCGCUUCGAUUGUCUCUCCUCUCGGAGUUGUCGCCUUGAUAUCGAACUGCAUCAUUGCGCCUGCCAUGUUCCACGAGAAGUUCCGACAGCGCGAUUUCUGGGGUGUAGUUAUUGCUGUAGCUGGUGUUGUCACUGUUGUUCUGAGCGCAAAGCAAGAGGAGACAAAGUUGAACCCCCAUGAUGUAUGGGACGCAAUCACUACGCUGGCUUUUGAGAUCUAUCUUGGCGUGACCAUAUUUCUUAUCCUGGUCUUGAUGUGGGCAAGUCCUAGGUAUGGAAGACGCACGAUUCUUAUCGACCUGGGACUUGUUGGUUUGUUUGGCGGUUACACUGCCCUUGCGACAAAAGGUGUUUCGUCGAUGUUGUCUUCCACUCUUUGGCGUGCUUUUGCGACUCCUGUCACUUACGUUCUCAUCGUUAUUCUCCUUGGGACGGCCGUCAUGCAGAUUCGCUAUGUCAACAAGGCGCUGCAACGUUUUGAUUCGACUCAGGUUAUUCCAAUUCAGUUCGUAAUGUUUACGCUGUGUGUCAUCAUUGGAAGCGCCGUCCUUUACCGCGAUUUCGAACGAACAAACGCUGAACAGGCGGCCAAGUUUGUUGGGGGCUGUCUCCUUACCUUCUUCGGCGUCUUUCUCAUUACUAGCGGCCGUGAGCAAAGCCAUGAUGACGACGAAGUCCUGUCUGAAGGCGAUGAUUUCGAGGAUACCAUAGGCCUUGCGAACCAGGAAGGGAAUGGCACAGCGCCCUACCAAGACGGCCAAGGGUUCUCUACCCCCAAGUCACGGUCACGACGGUCCAGUCACCUGUCAGGUCCUAACUAUCCUGAUGCACAGAGAGCCUUGAAAGCCGCGGUUACACCACAUCAGGAGAACAACAAUCUUCCAUCAGCCAAGGCUUUGAGUUCUCAGAUGUCUCCAGGCCAGGAGACUAUGGCUUCUGGUUUCCCCUGGAACGAUUUCGGAGGGCCAUCAACACCACCGGGAAGAGGCGUUAGGGCGUACUCUACAGACUCUGUUCUUGCACCACCGGGUACCGCGGGCUCAGCGGCGUUUGCCUCUCACCCAACAACACCAAUGAGAGAUGCCUUAGCUCCUGAUGGCUCGCUUCUCCCACGGCCUCAAGCUAGUCCUUCGAAGCCCGGUGGUACUGGAAGCCGAUCCAGGACCUUUAUCUCCCCUUCCCCUCUAUCGUCGACAGUCACCGCUGUAGUCAAGGAUGCUUUUCUGCGUGCGUCUGACGACCCAAGCGUGCGCCAGUCCUCGAUGCGUCGUAUACGUUCCACCAUCCGUGCCGGGCUCUUCUUUAACGAAGACGAUGAAAAUGCUGAUCCCGAGAAUAACUCCCGGUCGAACACGCUCCCCGCACCAUCAGCAGCUCCGGUAUCAGUAGAAAAUCUUCCUAGCGCUUUAGACGAUGCUGAGGGGCCUGCAGGCGACGAUCUGGUGCGUCGGAGGUCACGCAGUGUUAGUGAUACACUGGGCGAUUUCUUUGGCGUCCGGCGCAAGAAGCGCCAUGAUGGCUAUUUCGCGAGCGACGUCGAAGAUGUGACAGUAGGAGCAGCUACCCCAGGUCAAGAUCGGACGGAUCCUCAAGGGGACUACCGAGAAGUAUAA